GCCCGCCCACCCUCUCCUUCCUGCCCUUACAGACAGGUUCUCUCCCUCUUGCCCUUCUCCACAUGUUCUCUCCCUCCUGCCCUCUGUCCGCAGGUUUGCUCGCUCAUGUCGUUACCCUGGAUGCCCCUGCCAGCCUACCCUGUUCCUCGUGCCCCUAUCCACACGUUCUCUCCAUCCUUUCAUUGACCUCGAGAUCUCUCCCUCAUGUCGCUGCCCUUGCCCGCCUACUCUCUCCCUCCUGCCCCUUCCCACAGAUCCAUUACGAAACCUCGCGCGACCGGAUGUGCAUCGAUGCGCCUGAUGCGGGCAUUGACUUCUACACGACCUUCUACCUCCGCAUGGUGGACCUUCACACGGUUUUGGUGAUGGAGGGCUACGACGUGUCUUUCGUGGCUGUUCAGGAGGCAAUGACCGACAACAACUACAACGAUAAGUUCAAGCGUGUAUGGACGCAGUGGAAGAACGAGCGGGGGUUCCUGAUCAAGAGGCGGGUGUUGACGGAGCUAGGGGUGAAGGUCAAGUGGGCGAGGGGCUCCAAGAUCCAUGUGGACCUUGAUGACAAGAUGGCCCUCUGGCAUGACUUCAAGCCUCGAAGGAGGUUUGGGCAGUUGGUGAGCACCUGGGGCUCGGCGAAGCCACCCCCAGGGGUGCACUCCGGGCAGCCUUUUGCCAACAAGAUCUUCUUUCAGGCGGCGUUCGAUGCGUUUCAGCAGUGGGCUGUGGCGGGGAAGCUCUGUCUGAAGGCGUAUCACAUUGCCUGGAUUAUCAUGGUGGUCGACUAUGGGCUGACCCGCCGCAGGCACACCACGAUGGGCCUCUCUAACUCACACCCCAAGAACAAGGCCUGGAUAACGGACCUUCACAAGAGGGUGCGACAGGUGGUCAUUGACCACUUCAGCAACUACCCCAAGGAGUACAGCAAGGACAUGCGGGGGUGGAAAUGGGGAGAGUAUGGACUUUACGUCCAUGAGAGUGGCUUCAAGGACGAGUGGCAGGAACCAGGGAGGGAGGGCAAGGGGAAGGCGCCCAAAGGUGGAGAGGGAGAGGCUAAGGAUUAAGGGUCCUUUUGCAGGGGUGAGGCAGGUAUGUGCAGGGGUGGCAUCACCACACCGUUCAGGGCAGGGGACGGAUACAACUGGGACGGAAGUGGAGCCAAUACUGGCGUGUGCUGGGUUCAUAACCAUGGGGUGUUUGCAGAUGCAUGAUGUGGCAGCGUCGUUUGAGGGGUGGGGUGCUGGCAGCGAAAUGAUGUGAAACAGUGGGUAUUGAUAAAGCCGCUCACAGCAGCGGCAAGAACUGGAAGUUGUGGUUGGGAGCAUUUGUGAUAUGAGGCACCGGCAGCAGCGCAUGAGUGGGUUCGGCAUCAGGCUGUGGUGGGGGGGGGGGAGUUAAAGGGUUGAGGCAACAGCGGGCGCGAGGAAUGGAUAUGAGCAUCAGCUUGGGGAGGGGGGGGAUAGGGGACUGGGGGAUGAGGCACAGGUGGCAGCAGCAAGGGAGGGGUCUCAGCAGCAGCCUGUGGUGGGGGGAGAGGGGAUUCGGGGAAUGAGGCACAGGUGGCAGCAGCAAGGCAGGGGUCUCAGCCGCAGCCUAGGGUGGGGGGAGGGAUUCGGGGAAUGAGGCACAGG